AUGUCAAUCAAAGUUGAAUUUAAUGGUUUUGGAAGAAUUGGAAGGUUGGUUGCAAGAGUGAUUCUUACCCGCCCAGAGUUCGAAUUGGUUGCUUUGAACGACCCAUUCAUGAACCCAAAGUACAUGGAAUACAUGCUCAAGUAUGAUACUGUCCAUGGAAAGUUCCCAGGAACCAUUGCUGUUGAAGGAGGCAACUUAAUCAUUGAUGGGCACAAAAUUAUUGUUGUAGCUGAAAAAGACCUGGCUCAAAUUGGAUGGGGGAAACUCGGUGUAGACUAUGUUGUUGAAUCCACUGGUGUCUUCACCACAAUCCCUAAAUGCGAAGCUCACCUUAAGGGAGGAGCCAAGAAUCUCAUCAUCUCCGCACCAUCUGCUGGUGCCCCAAUGUUUGUUGUUGGUGUCAACACUGAAGCCUACAAACCAGAGAUGAACGUUUUGUCCAAUGCCUCGUGCACUACCAACUGCCUUGCUCCACUUGCCAAGAUCAUCAACAACGAGUUUGGUAUUAUUGAAGCAUUGAUGACCACAAUCCACUUUACUACUGCUACUCAAAAGACAGUCGAUGGUCCAUCCGGAAAGGACUGGAGAGCUGGCAGAUGCGCGGCUUGUAACAUCAUUCCAGCUACUACUGGUGCUGCCAAGGCUGUAGGAAAAGUCAUCCCAUCAUUAAACGGAAAGCUCACUGGUAUGUCAUUCAGAGUUGGAACUCCAGACGUCUCAUGUGUCGAUUUGACUGUCAGAACUGAGAAUGAAGUUACAAUCGAAAAUAUCAACGCUGCUAUCACCAAAUACGCUGAAGGUGAACUUAAAGGAAUUAUGGGAAUUACACAAGACUUGGUCGUCUCAUCAGACAUCAUUCACGACGACAGAAGCUCUGUUUUCGAUGCUGCUGCCAUUAUCUUGAACCCACACUUCAGCAAACUCAUUGCAUGGUACGAUAACGAGUGGGGAUAUUCCACAAGACUCGUUGAUCUCAUCCAGAUCAUCAGCAAAGUUCAUAAAGUAAUUCAGCACUACUCGGUUUUAUGUUUUAAAUAA